AUGGACCUCACAGAAGAGCACCUCAGAGACCCUGCUGAAAUUCUGUGCUCCGGGGCUGAGAUGCAUUAUUUGGAGCAGUUUGGAAAGUCUUCCUUUAAGGAGUCUGCCUUGAGAAAACAGUCUUUAUACCUUGAAUUUGACCCACUCCUGAAAGACAGCCCUAAUAAAUUGGUUCCCGUGGCCACCGAGGCAAACAGCAUUGAUGAUACGCACAAGCCUUCCUCAGGACACCUGCCUGAAGCAAAGCUGGUAGACUUUGAUUUCUUAGGUGCUCUGGACGUUCCUGUGACAGACCUUCUCCCAUGUGUCCCUGGGCCUGUGGGCCUCCCUCUGCCUGCUGACCCCAUGUUGAACAUGCUGCAGUACAGUCAGGGGGAGCUAGAUGCGGAGGUUAAAGCCACACAAAUGAAGAACCUGGAACUGAAAAGCAAGUAUGAGGAGCUCCUUGUGAAAUGCCUGGAGAUGGAGCAAAUCAUGAAUGGGUUUGAAGGGACUGUAAUUCAGGUGAUGGAGGAGGCUCAAAAACAGAAAGAGCUUGCCAAAGCCAAAAUCCACAAGGUUCUGAAAGAAAAAGAUCAACUUUUAACAGACCUGAAUUCCAUGAAUCAAUCUCUCUCUGAUCAUUAUAAAACAUGUGAGAAACAGGAGGAGGUGAUUGAAGGAUGCCGCAAGAAUGAAGAAUCACUGAAGGCAUGUGUUGAGGACUACCUAACACGAAUUGAAAAGGAAGGCCGGAGAUACCAAGCAUUGAAGACUCACACAGAGGAGAAGUAUAAUCUAGCAAAGGAGGAACUUGCUCAAAUCCAGAGGCAGGCCCAAGUACAGCAGCUGAGCUUCCAGGUGAGCCUGAUAAAGGAACAGAUGUGGAUCCACUUGCUGGAGAAAACCCUGCAACAGCUGACUACAGAAAACAAUGAACUGAUCAGACUCCACAAGGACCUGAUCUCCCAGGUGGAUAAAUCUGGCAUCGAAGUCAACGAUUAGUGACGACCUCUCCCUCCUCUUGUCUACGUCAUGUGUUUGCAAGCAGGUCUUCUGUACUUCCCUAUUUUUUCUUUUGGUGGAGAUCCAAGUGAUCCUCAAAAAAAAUGAGAUAGCUAUAUAAAAUUAAGUAUAUUUUGCCUUCUGAAUGUUACC